ACUUCCGGUUGGAUAUCUACUCUUCUGUUGAGGGGUAAAAACUUAGCGUGGAGGCAAAAGGACAAAUGGGUCCUUGGAGAAAAUGGAUCUUUUGGAGCGUGGACUCAAGUAGUCAGCCGUGUUGGUCUGAAGUAGUAGAACAAAAUAGGACUCAAGUUGCACCUUUAAGACCAACUUAGUUUUAUUCAGAAAGUAAGCGUUCGCGUGCUCUCUAAGCACACUUCACCAGACAAGGAAUCCAGCACAGUGAGCAGAGCCAUACAUAGCUGGUAGGCAGUUUUGUUCCGCACCUCAAACGCAGCUAUGAAUAACGAAAGACUACGUUCCGGGGCUGUCCACUCUCACGCCACCAACAGACUGUUCUAUAGGGACAAGAGUGGAUGUCAGACAGUCGUAAGCCGCUCUCCUUUAAUAUAUGUUGUGGAUGUGGAGGAAAGCUUCAGCAAAGCGGAUUUUACUUGCUAAAUGGGCAAUCGACGCGAAGAAAUUCAAGCAUAGCGGGGGUGGGGUUAACCGCCAAGAGGCUUUUCCCCCCUCAUAUGGCGGCCUCCUUCAACUUGAAACCGGAAGAGAAUGUGAGCGCCCUGUGCUGAGUGCUUUGUGGGACUGCUUUCGCUUCGUUCGACUAUGGAACCUCCAGGGCGGGUCCCCGUCGGUGUCACGAGAAUCUUGACGGACACAGACUGGUCUGAACCCUGGCUCAUAGGACUUGUCUUUUUCCAUGCAGCAUGCCUGUGUCUCACUUACCUUUCGUUCCGCCACUAUCGCCUACAAAUAGGGCAUUUUCUCACCCUCAUGAUCCUGGUGUUCUGUGCAGAAUACAUCAAUGAAGCUGCUGCCGCAAACUGGAGGUUGUUCUCAAAACACCAGUACUUCGAUUCAAGAGGAAUGUUUAUUUCCUUAAUAUUUUCAGUGCCCUUGCUGCUAAAUGCUAUCAUAAUUGUGAUUGCAUGGGUUUAUAAAACACUGAAUGUAAUGACUGAACUAAAGACCUUGCAGCAGAAAAGGAAAGCAAGAAAAGAAAAUAAGAAAAGUAAAUGAAUCAAAUUUUCUUCCGGGAAUUUCCUUGGGAACUGCCAUACUGUUGUCCUUCGCAGUGUGAUUUUUUUGAGAAGAUCUGCUUGUUUGUGCUGACUUCUCUUCAUUAAUUCACUUUCCAUUUGAAUGCCAGUCAUACCAAAUCUUCUGUUGGGGUCCAUUAUGUAAAAUAGCUUUUUCUGAGCAAGCAUUAAAGCAACUUCAAUUAUA